UGAAAUCUCAGGCCCCAAUAUACCAAAACAGAGAGCCUACCAUUUCACCAUAUCCCCCUGCAUAUCUCCACUUUGCACUGCUAUCUAAUGGCGUCAGAAGCCCUGCAACAACAACAAGAAAUCAUUUAUCGAUCAAAGCUCCCGGAUAUAUACAUCCCAAAACACCUUCCUUUACAUUCAUAUUGCUUCGAGAACAUAGCCAAGGUUGCCACCCGCCCAUGUCUCAUCAAUGGUGGAACAGGGGAGGUGUAUACUUACGCUGAAGUGGAGCUCACUGCUCGCCGGAUUGCCUGCGGGCUCAACAAUCUAGGUGUCAACCAAGGGGAAGUGAUCAUGCUUUUGUUGCCUAACUCCCCUGAAUUCGUAUUGGCUUUUCUCGGCGCUUCUUUCAGGGGUGCCGUUGCCACUGCGGCGAACCCGUUUUUCACUCCGGCGGAGAUUUCAAAGCAAGCCAAGGCGUCGAAAGCGAAAAUCAUUAUCACGCAGGCGUGUUACGUUGAUAAAGUCAGGGAAUUUGGGGAGGAGAACGAGGUUAAGCUGAUGUGCAUUGACUCUGCUCCCGACGGCUGCCUGCAUUUCUCCCAGCUGAUUCAGUCCGACGAAAAUGAUCUCCCCCAGGUGGAAAUCGACCCGGACGACGUGGUGGCGCUGCUGUACUCGUCGGGGACGAUGGGGUUGCCCAAAGGGGUGAUGCUGACGCACAAGGGUCUGGUCACCAGCGUGGCGCAGCAGGUCGACGGCGAGAAUCCCAAUUUGUAUUUCCACUCCGAGGAUGUCAUCCUCUGUGUUCUGCCGAUGUUCCACAUCUACGCCCUCAAUUCCAUCAUACUCUGCGGGUUGCGGGCCGGCGUGGCAAUUUUAAUUAUGCAGAAGUUCGAGAUCGGAAAGUUGUUGCAGUUGAUACAAAGGCACAAAGUGACGAUUGCGCCGAUCGUGCCGCCGAUUGUCCUGGCCAUAGCUAAGUCAACGGAAACUGACAAAUAUGACUUGUCGUCGGUGCGGAUGGUGAAGUCCGGCGCUGCACCGUUGGGGAAGGAGCUUGAAGAUGCUGUGAGAGCCAAGUUUCCUGGGGCCAAACUUGGACAGGGAUAUGGAAUGACAGAAGCCGGCCCUGUCCUAGCAAUGAGCUUGGGAUUUGCAAAGGAACCAUUUGAAGUGAAAUCUGGCGCAUCAUGAAGGAUGAAGCUGCCGGAGAAGUUCCUGUUGCAUUUGUGGUGAAAUCUAGGGGUUCUGAUAUCACUGAGGAUGAAAUCAAGCAAUAUAUUUCAAAACAGGUGGUGUUCUACAAGAGAAUAAGUCGUGUGUUCUUCAUUGACACCAUCCCAAAGGCGCCGUCGGGAAAAAUUUUGAGAAAGGAGCUGAGAGCUAAACUGGCUGCCGGUAAUCCAAACUAGUCUCCCUUUCCGCCGCCAAAAAUGGGUGUUACUAAGGUUCCUUAUAUUAAGAAUUUCUAGUCAUGUGCUUGAAAGUUGUGUCUGAGAAAAUAUGUAAAUUAUGGUGCCAACAAAUUUGUUCGAGGACAUAUUACUGAAUUGAUAAUUUCUAAAGUUUGACUUAAUGCAAAAAUAUAUUUAAAAUUUAAUA